GUGGAUGAUCCUUCUAUUUGGAUGCUAUAUAAACCGUCCAUCAUCAGGGAUCAGCAAAAGGAUAGUUUGAAGUCAUCUGAGAAGGAACCACGCUUUCGACUCUGUCAAGAUAUCCUAAUUUCGAACAAGUUCAACCAUGGCUUCAAAGCUACUCGCAGUCGCCCUCGUUGUUCUCCUCGUUGGGUCUGUAUGCGCUUUCUUCGACCUCGACGAGGAUGAUGGCGGCAUGGCCAAUGGUUAUGCGGACGAUGGGUAUUCUUUAGAUGAGUUCAUUGACAGUCUCCAACCCUCGCUCGCAGUCAAGAGAGAUACUAACAGAGCCAAGGCUAACAGACGAUACUUCAUGUGUCCUCCGAUUACGGGAUCUUCCCAAGAGUGUUGGUGCCACAAGAAACCGCCACAGAGAAUAUUCCAUUGCUUCGGGAGAUCCAAUGGAAAAUAAUCACCCUGUGACAUCAUGAAGGAAGGUAUCCACGACAUACACUGCUGGAAUUCACUUAUCGAUACUUAUUUCCCUAAAGCAGUCACUUCUAUUAUAAGAUGUUCUGCUCUUCUGGUAUAUGCCGAAGAGCAAUAGAGUCACCCUCUUCAAACCGUACCUCAGUAAAAUUGUAUUUCUUAUGAUGGAUAUAUCUGUAUUCGUAAGUUAGCCCAUGAUUGGAAAUAUUAGUAUGAACUCGCAUGCAUAGCGCCAUGCUUUUGGAUUUUAUCAUCGAGGCUUUCUGUAAACUUUCUUUAAACUUUUCAUCGUAGAGGGGGCUGUAUUACCUGAAGGUUAAUGAAGGGCAGUGUUAUAAUAAUGCCACAGGUUUAGUGUACAAUGCCGUUUGAUUCACUAUCUUUAAAAAGGUAAUAAGUGGGAUGUGCUUAUUUUUGGAAGUAUAAAUAGAUAAUGGAUUAGAUGUCAUAAUGGACAUUUCAUUAUAAAUUUAAUGUAGAAAAUGUAAAUCAACUGAUCAAUUCGAAUAAAUACAUCACCUGCAGAGCAACA